AUGUUUCUGAGGAGAUCCAGCAACUUGUCUGGUUUCGACAACGAUACGACGUCAAAGAUCGAGUUCCAAGGCGACGCAUCGUUGCUGGACAAGGAGAUCCAUCUCACGAGCUCCCCCAUGCAAUACAGCGUCGGUAGAGUAGUGUACCGGGAGCCGCUCCGCCUCUGGGAUGCCACCACGAGGGAGCUGGCUGAUUUCACCACCCACUUCUCCUUCGUCAUCAACUCCUCCGAUCCCUUAACCCCCCACGGCGACGGCCUCGCUUUCUUCCUCACCGCGUAUCCUCCCACCCUGCCUGCCUACUCCCGGGGCGCCUUCCUCGGCCUCUUCAGCAACAGCUCUGUCGAUGGCUCGAGGGUCAGCACGGUGGCGGUCGAGUUCGACACCUUUCCCAACGCGUGGGAUCCGCUCGCCGACCAUGUCGGAAUCGAUAUCGACUCGAUCACAUCAAGCGCAACUUUGCAGUGGAACAGCAGCCUCAAGGAUGGCGGGCGGGCAUGUAUCAGGGCUCUUGCAAGAGAGGCUCGAAGUGCGAUAUUUAAUUCAUCCGACAUGAGAGCGUUCGAGAUCUCUUCUCAUUGA